GGCAGUUUGACCGUUGAUAAGUUGACAGUUUCAAGUUCGACAGUUUGACAUGACAAUUGAAUUUGUUUGCCGAUUUCAAUUAAUUACAUUUUAUUUCUAUCAAAUUCUUCAAUUUUUUCUUUUGUUCUUUAUAAUUCUUAAUCUCUUCAAAUAAAAUUAUAGAUCAGUACAAGUGUAAAUAGUUUGAUAUUGUUUCAUUUUUAAUAUUUGUAUCCUAUUAAAAAUAAUUUAAUAAUAUUACAGCACGAGCCCCUUUUAUUUAUCUUACCUAAUAAUAAUACCUAAAAAUAUUUUAUUUUAUGCCUAUGUUAUUAUUUAAUUAGGUACCUAUAAUUAAAAUCAAUAAAAUUUGAUGUUUUCUUGGACUACAAUUUCUACUGAAUAACUCAUUGUUAAUAUGUUUUUAUAAUAAUUUUUAUUUGUUUUGAUAAUAAUACAUAUAUUUACCCUGACAGGUAUUAACGUUAAAGCUUUAUAAUUGAAUGGAAUCCAAAAUUGACAUUCAUGAUUGUGAUUAUAAAAAAUUAUUACCAUAUAAAAAAGAAGAAAAGUCAAGAAAACUCUUAUGGGUUGAUAUAAGUCACUUUUCUGAAUUAUGGCAAUUUUUAAUUUGUACAUGUGUUGUAUUUAUAUUCUUCAUACCUUAUGGAUACCUUCAGGUAAAUUGUACUUUAUUAUUUUAUGUAUAAUAUUCUAAAUAUGUUCACUUUUUAGGAAUCAAUAUUUGCUAUUAAAGGCUUUAAGCCAUUUGGUUGGUAUUUGACACUAGUACAAUUUUUAAAUUAUUCUAUUUUUGGAUUAAUCGAAAAUCAAUUCAGCCAAACAAAACGAAGGUAGUUCAUAUUAAGAAUUCUAAAUAAUAUUUUAAGACUUUAAAAAUUUACUAAAAACUCUCAUUAAACUUUGACUCUUCAAAUUGUACCUAUAUAACUAUAUUUAUAGCUAAUCAAGUUUUUUGGUUUUGUUAAACUACUUCCAAUAUUGCUAUUUGUCCUGUGUUCAUAUUUGUUGACCCUGAUUGUAAACUUUAUUUUAGAUUUUAAACGUUUUAAACUUUUUAAUCCUUUAGAAGUUGAAUUUUGAAACAAAUGUUUAGUGGUCUCCUACGUUAUAUAUAAUGAGCCUCUAAGUGAAUUUUAAAAAUUUUUUGAAUGCGCAUUAAUAAAUGUCAGUCCAUCAUUUCUUUUGCAUUGUUCAGGGCAUUUUUUUUAUCAUAAACCAGCAAUUUUCUCAAAAGAUUUUAAGUGAAUUUGAUUUCUGUUUUUUUUUUUUUUUAAUCAUGGAAUGGUCUUUAAAAACCAUUUUUAAUUUAUUACCCCUAUUCCAUAUACCUUAAAUAAGUUUAGGCUUUUGUUUUUUAAAUAGUUACCCCCAUUCUGAACACAAAUUUGAAUAAAGAAUAUUUGUCUAGACUUUUUGAUAUGCCUACCACUAAUAUCAGAUUUACCAUUUAAAGUUUAGAAUGCAGGAGUAGGGUAGAGUGCAUUCAUACAAUUUAUUACCCUUACCUACUCUUAUUUUUAAUUUUUAAAUAGCAACAUAUUUAAAAAUUUCAUAAAUAUGUAAAGCUUUAGUUGAAAUUUUGGUGUUAAAAUAUUUAACAACUGUCAUCCAUUGUAGCAAUAUUUUACUUUUAAGUUAAGUUUACUUUAAGUAGUUUGGCAAUGUUAACCAAAAUAAUAACAAAACUAAAGCUUUUUGAUAUUUAUCGACACUGUUUGGGCACAACUUUGUUCUUAAAAAUUCUAAAAAAUUUUUGGAAACAACACAAUUGUUUUAAAAAUAUUUUGAUGUUGUUAAAAAACACAAUUUUUGUUUUGUGGAAUCUGUAUCUUCUGUAUGCUCCAAUACUCUCCCCCAGUCCAUAUUUAAAAGUAAAAUAUAUUGACAAUGGAUUGUUAAAAAUUAAAAAUUUCAAAACCAAAUUGCAUUCAACUAAAUCUUUAUCUGGAUAUUUUUAAUAUAGGUUGACAUUUGUUAAUCAAAAAGUAGUUGCUUCACCACCAGAAUUAAAGGUGACAAAAAAUAAUGGUAAAGUAACAUUUCAAAGCUCAUUGUAUCUUAAAUUUUUGAAAAAGUUAACACUUUAAUGAGUAUCUUACACUAUGUUGAUCACCUUGUAGAUUUAGAAUAUUAUCUUAUAGCUUUUAUAAUAUAGCUAAUACAUAUUUUCUUUUAGGAUACCUUGGAUCUUAUACCUUUUAUUAGGAUUAAUAUUAUUAGGCUCAAUGGGUUUUUCUAAUGCUUCACUUGGUUAUUUAAACUAUCCUACACAAGUCAUAUUUAAAUGCUGCAAACUUAUUCCUGUUAUGAUUGGUGGAAUAUUGAUUCAGAAAAAACUGUAUACAAUUAUUGAUGGCAUAGCAGCUUCAUGUAUGUGUGCUGGACUAAUAUUAUUCACUUUAGCUGACAAUAAAGUUUCUCCAGAUUUUAAUUUCUUAGGUGAAUAAUAAUUGUACUAGGGAUUUACUUUACACUAAUUCAAUAUUCUAAUAUAAUAUUUGUUUUAUAUUGUUAUUGUAUCAUAGGUGUAUUUUUGAUAAGUUGUGCAUUAUUUUGUGAUGCACUCAUUGGUAACUUACAAGAAAAAAUGAUGAAAAAGCAUAGUGCAUCCAAUGCAGAAAUUGUUUUAUACUCUUACUUUAUAGGAUUUGUAUAUUUAUUAUUAGCGUUGUUAAUGACUGGUGAACUCAGAGAAGGAACAGAAUUCUGCAUUCAGGUUAAAUUUAAAUAAAUUAUUAAAAUUAUUAUUUUUAAAAGUUUUCUAUUAUUUAGUAGAAUCCAGUAACUUAUGUAUACAUAUUUUGGUUUUCUGUAUCUGGUUUUUUUGGUGUCCAAGCUGUACUUGCUUUGAUUAGAACAUGUGGUGCUUUAGUUGCUGUGACUGUGACUACAUGUCGAAAAGCCAUUACUAUAGUUAUAUCAUUUUUAUUAUUUUCAAAACCAUUUACAUUACAGUAAGAAAAUAUAAAAUAUAUUAUUAAAUGCAUGUUGUGUAAUUAUUCAGUACUAAUUUUUUUUUAUUAUUAUUAUUGUUUUUAGAUAUGUUUGGGCUGGACUACUUAUAGUACUUGGAAUUUAUUUAAAUGUUUUGGGAAAAACAAAUAAUUUUGAUUUAAAAAUAUUUUUGGAAAAUUCGAGUAACAUUUUUAGAACAAUUAGAAAACGAAGAAGAUCUCCAAUGAUAGUCUAAUUAUAAGAACAAUUACUUGUUUGUCAAUUUUUUUUUUAAAUAGAGACUUUGUUCUGUAUUGUUUCUUGUAUAUAUAUAUUAGUUGAUCCAAUUAAAUAGCUACACUUGAUAUUUUAAAAAUAAUUAAAUUUGAAAAGAUAGAGGGCGAGUAUUGAGUAGUUUUUAAAUUUCUGUGCUCUGUGCGGCCACACAAAUAAUGCUCCAUUAUCUACCCAAACUUAAUGUGGUAUAUCUCAACAACGGGUUGACGGAAAUUAAAAAAUUCAAAACCUAUAUUUAUAUAAUUCAUACUUCAUUUAUUUAUAGAAUUUUUAUUAUAGAUUGGCAUUUUAAAAAAAAAAUUAAGAUACUCAUUUCACCACCAAAAAUACAGAUUAAAAAUAUUAUUAUUAACACAACACUAGAGUUCUUGUUUUCAAAAUAAUUAUUUAGAGAAAAUUCAAUACUUUUCGAAAAAUAUUGAGUGUAGUGACUUAAAUGGAUCAUUAUAAAGAUAUCUAUUUCCUUAUACUAUAUGAUUAUAUGACACUUAUAGCAGCUCUCUCUGUACCAAAUGAACUCAAACUGAACAGAUUCUAUAGUCAGAUAGGCGUGAUAAAAAUUGGGUUUAAUUUUAAUUGCAGGAGGAUAGGGUUUUUUUUACCUUAAAUUACUUCUACAGACCUUCCCCCCUCCAAAUUGAAGCCAAGGGGAUUAAAUUUUGUAUAUGCAUGGUGUUAAUAUCAAGGAUAUGUCUUGAAGGUUUUAACAUUCUACCCUCUACCAUUUGUAUGCUUAAAUUUUAUAAUUUUUCCAAAAGUAAUAUAGUACCUAUUGUAUUAUUAUAGAAUUCAGUUAUUUGUUUAUGUAUGUAUGGCAUUUUUUUCAAAGGAAUAUUGUCCAGCUGGUACUUUAGGGAGGUCAUUUUUUGAUUUUCAAAGUGGUUUUCAUAAUAUCUGGGAGCCAGGAUAAACUUGAGUAAACAGAAAAUUUAUUCAAAUAAUGCUUUUAUUAUUAUUUCAAUUUUGUUAUUUAUUGUAAG